GUUUGAAGCCCCAAAAGCCCCGGGAACGGUUAAAACCGGGAUUUUCCUGCCUGGAACACAUCCCGGGCAGAGGACAGCAGAGGGAAGCUCGGGAGGGCAGCCCUGCGGGGAACUGGGAGGGGAGGAGAAGCUCCUGGUGCCGCCUUUGUCCCACCACCUUCCCCUUCCUCCAGCACAAGCCCCUCGGGGCGCCUGAUGAGUCACCAGAACAAAGUCCCCAGCGGGGUCACAGGAUCACAGAACAGACCCUCAAGGACCAUCGAGUCCAAUUCCUGGCCCUGCCCAGAACUCUUCGACAAUCGCACCCUGUUCCUGCGAGCGCUGUCCAAGCGCUCCCGGAGUUCUGGCAGCCUCGGGGCAAUGAGCGUUCCCUGGGGAGCCUGGCCAGUGCCCAGCACUCUCUGAGGGAAAAAACCCUUCUGAUCUCCAACCUAAACCUCCCCGGACACAGUUCCAGCCGUUCCCUCGGGCUCUGUCACUGGUGCCAGAGAGCAGAGAUCAGGAGCUGCCACUCUGCUUCCCCUAACAAGGAAGUUUUAGACUGCGGUGAGAUCUCCCCUCAGACUCCUCCAGGCUGAACACACCAAGUAACCUAAGCCGCUCCUCCUUGAGGCUUCCCCUCGAGGCGUUUCACCGCGUCCGCUGCCCUCCUUUGGACGCCAACACCUCAGUAUCAUUCUUAUAUUGUGGCGCCUAAAACUGCACGCAGGACUCAAGCCCCCCGGCCCGAGGGAGCCCCGACCCGGCAGGAGCCGCUGCUGAGGCUGCGGGAAAAGCCAUGAGCUCCGGAGCGGCGGCGGGGCCCAUCUUCGCCCAGGGCGAGGACUGCCGGGCGGCCUGGAGGGAAGCCAGGGCGGGCUACGACGAGCCCGACGCACACCUGGAGAUCCUGGGCAAGCCGGUGAUGGAGCGCUGGGAGACGCCCUACAUGCACUCGCUGGCCACCGUGGCCGCGUCCAAGGGCGGCCGUGUGCUGGAGGUGGGGUUUGGGAUGGCCAUCGCCGCCUCCAAGGUGCAGCAGUUCGGCAUCGAGGAGCACUGGAUCAUCGAGUGCAACGAGGGCGUUUUCCGGCGCCUGGAGCAGUGGGCCGAGGCACAGCCGCACAAGGUGGUGCCCCUGAAGGGGCUGUGGGAGGACGUGGUGCCAACGCUGCCGGACGGGCACUUCAGCGGGAUCCUGUACGACACCUACCCGCUGUCGGAGGACACCUGGCACACGCAUCAGUUCAACUUCAUCAAGGGCCAUGCCUUCCGCCUGCUGCGGCCCGGAGGGGUCCUCACCUACUGCAACCUGACCUCGUGGGGGGAGCUGCUCAAGACCAGGUACAGCGACAUCGAGAAGAUGUUUGAGGAGACCCAGGUGGGGCCGCUGCUGGAGGCGGGCUUCAGGCGGGAGAACAUCAGCACCAGGGUGAUGGAGCUGCAGCCGCCCCGCGAGUGCCGCUACUACUCCCACCCCAGGAUGAUCACCCCCACCGUCCUCAAACACUGAGGGGCCCCGGGGAGCAGGAGCUGAUGAGGAGGAGAAAAGCUCUGAUCUCCUUUAAAGCCCCUGAGAGAUCAAAGCUGAUUCACCCAGAGAUGGAUGGAGGCUCGGGAUGGAUUCCAGGGGACAAAGGACAGGAAAUCCCCUGCCCCAGGAGCCCCCUGCCCUGGAGGGGUCUUGUGGGCUCUGUGGAAGAUCUCACCCUGCUCUGUCCCCUCAAGACUUCAAAUUCUCAAUUAAGCUGUAAUUUCAGAGUGGGGUUCAGAGCCUCUGGCCAAAUGGGUUCCAGAACCAGCCAUUUCCUCUAAAAACUGCAUAAUUUUGAGAAAUCACAGGGUGGCUUCCCACAAGAGUCAAAUAAUCCAGAGCAGGUGGGAGAAAUGGGGCAAUCUGAGGCCUUUUGAGGCAUUUCAACUUCUCCUGAAGCAACUCCCAAGGGAGGUUUCCCAACAUUUUUGACCAAAGCCCACGGCAGCAAAUCCUGACCACAACACCCCCUCACAGCUCAAUAAAUGAUGUUUCCUCUCUCCCCAGAAGGGAUAAAGUCCAUUAAAAGGAAUGAAAUACCCAAA